UGGCGUUUCCCAGCCGGACGGAAAAGCGGAGAGCACUGGGCAGCGCGCCGCGGGAGCCGGGGACCAUCUAAGUACUGCUCCCGCGACAUGGCUUUCAAUUUUGGGGCUCCUUCGGGCACUUCGGGCACCUCUACAGCCACCGCGGCACCGGCGGGUGGGUUUGGAGGAUUUGGAACAACAACUACAACUGCAGGCUCUGCAUUCAGCUUUUCUGCCCCAACAAACACCGGCAGUACAGGCCUUCUCGGUGGCACUCAGAACAAAGGUUUUGGCUUUGGUACUGGUUUUGGCACAACGACUGGAACUGGCACAGGUUUGGGCACCGGUUUGGGCACCGGACUCGGCUUUGGAGGAUUUAAUACCCAGCAGCAGCAGCAGCAGCAGCCUUCUUUAGGCAGUCUCUUCAGUCAGCCUACACAGGCUCCUGCGCAGUCCAACCAGCUCAUCAACACUGCCAGCGCUCUUUCUGCUCCAACACUCUUGGGGGAUGAGAGAGACGCCAUCUUGGCAAAGUGGAACCAGUUGCAGGCCUUCUGGGGAACAGGAAAAGGAUAUUUCAAUAAUAACAUUCCUCCAGUGGAGUUUACACAGGAAAAUCCCUUUUGCCGAUUUAAGGCUGUAGGUUAUAGCUGUAUGCCCAGUAAUAAAGAUGAAGAUGGACUAGUAGUUUUAAUUUUCAACAAAAAAGAAACAGAUAUUAGAAGCCAACAACAGCAAUUGGUAGAGUCAUUGCAUAAAGUUUUGGGAGGAAACCAGACCCUUACUGUCAAUGUGGAGGGCAUUAAGACUCUACCCGAUGACCAGACGGAAGUUGUCAUUUAUGUUGUUGAGCGAUCUCCAAAUGGCACCUCCAGAAGAGUUCCCGCAACAACACUGUAUGCCCACUUCGAGCAAGCCAACAUUAAAACCCAGCUGCAGCAGCUUGGGGUGACCCUUUCUAUGACCAGAACAGAGCUGUCUCCUGCUCAGAUCAAGCAGCUCUUACAAAACCCUCCCGCCGGUGUUGACCCUAUCAUUUGGGAGCAGGCCAAGGUGGACAACCCAGACUCUGAGAAGUUAAUUCCUGUACCUAUGGUAGGUUUCAAAGAAUUGCUUCGAAGACUGAAGGUUCAAGACCAGAUGACCAAGCAGCAUCAGACCAGACUAGAUAUCAUAUCUGAAGACAUUAGUGAACUGCAAAAGAAUCAAACUACAACUAUGGCCAAAAUAGCACAAUACAAGAGAAAACUGAUGGAUCUCUCUCACAGAACCUUACAGGUCCUAAUCAAACAGGAGAUCCAAAGGAAAAGUGGCUAUGCCAUCCAGGCUGAGGAAGAACAGUUGCGGGUUCAGCUCGAUACUAUUCAAGGGGAACUGAAUGCGCCCACUCAGUUCAAGGGUCGGCUGAAUGAGCUGAUGUCCCAGAUCAGGAUGCAGAAUCACUUUGGGGCUGUGAAAUCUGAAGAGAAGUAUUACAUAGAUGCAGACCUACUACGAGAAAUCAAGCAGCAUUUGAAACAACAACAGGAAGGCCUUAGCCACUUGAUUAGCAUCAUAAAAGACGACCUAGAAGACAUAAAACUGGUGGAACACGGCCUGAAUGAGACCAUCCAUAGCAGAGGCGGUGUCUUUAGCUGACCGUUUACAGACUUGGUCCAGAGGUUUAUAAAUACAUCUUCUUGCUACAUCGAGCCUUCUUUACGGUGACCUGCUGACAAGAAGAAGGGUCCUUUUCCUCACUGGGAUGUUUGAGGCUCCUCAGAAAUUACUGUACAUUAAAUCUGAAAUGGUCACCACAAAGCUCUUCAAAGAGAAUCUUUGAAAAGUUUAUAUCUAAAAGCUGUAUUUACUUAAAAAAAAAAAAAAAGUAUUACCCAAAGCAUCCACUGUUGUUCAUUUUAUGACAUCGUUAGCGUGGUCACGGAGCCAGGUGGUGAUUCUCCAUUCUCCUUGGCACAGCACAGAGUGAGACCGAGCUAUUGCCCACAAACACGAACUGUAAUUCUGUGCCUGCUGGAGGCUGUGCUUCAGUCUAAAUGCGUUUCGGCUUUUAUAUCUGUGAAAUCAGCUGUGGGGAGUAAAAAAAUCCCAAAGUAUUUAA